GAGAGAGCGAGGGGGUGAAAUAGAGAGGGAGAGAGAGCUUGUAAGAGAGCAGAGAACAGAGAGCAAAGCACCACGCACAAACAGGCAGGUUGUUCUCUUGAAGCAGCCUCCACCACCGGCCCUGGAGAAAAUGCCCAACUUUGCAGGCACCUGGAAGAUGAAGAGCAGUGAGAAUUUUGAUGAACUUCUGAAAGCCCUCGGCGUGAAUGCCAUGCUGAGGAAGGUGGCUGGGGCAGCAGCCUCCAAGCCCCAUGUGGAGAUCCGCCAGGAUGGGGAGCAGUUCUACAUCAAGACCUCCACCACUGUGCGCACCACUGAGAUCAACUUCCACAUCGGGCAAGAGUUUGACGAAGAGACAGUGGAUGGUAGGAAGUGCAGGAGCCUGGCCACAUGGGAGACAGAGAAUAAGAUCUACUGUAACCAGACGCUACUGGAGGGAGAUGGCCCCAAGACCUACUGGACAAGAGAGCUGAAGGGAGAUGAGCUGAUCCUGAUCUUUGGGGCGGAUGAUGUUGUGUGUACGCGGAUCUAUGUGCGGGAAUGAAGGUGCUUUGCUUUGCCGAAGACCAGGAUCAGGGGACCAAUGCUAUGUCCCGAAGCCACACCCCCUCUCACCUGCUGCUCCACCUCCAAGCUGAUGAUGCAUCUCAACUGCAGUGCAAGUCCACCUGUUUGCAGCCUACUACCACACCUCCCGCAGCCUGCCAGCCGCUAUUCAUGUUGAUUGUUGCAGCUCUGGAAUAACUGUGAUUCUUUGUGCUAACCUGCAUCCAUGUUCCUCUUCUCCGAGUCUUGUU